AUGGCAUGUCCUUUUCUACGAGAGCCCGUGGACGUAGAGGCUGCGAUCCUCAGAAGGAAUCUCUGUGAGGAACGAUUAUUAAGACCCCGGUUGGAUAUACUUUCUUUUCCUGAUAAUUUUCUUCACGAGCGCUAUCGUUUUUCAGCGCAAUCUAUCAUUUAUUUAGACCACCUUCUCAGCCCCCAUUUUAACUGUCAAACGCACCGGGGGCAUGCUUUAAGUUCAAUACAAAUUAUUUGUGUGGCACUCACAAAUAAUUGUGGUUUUUUUGCAAACGGCAGCUUUCUUUACAACGUCGGUGACGCCGAGCACAUUUCAAAGGCAACCGUGUGUCAGUCUGUCAGAAAUGUGACUUUGGCACUGAAACGUUUUCUUUACACGUUUGUGAUGUUUCCAAGUCACCGACCUAUACGAACAAUCAAGGAAGAGUUCUACAGAAUUGCAGAUUUUUCGGGUCUCAUCGGGUGCAUCGAUGGAACUCAUAUUCCUAUUAAAGCUCCUUCAGUGAAUGAAGGAGACUAUGUUAAUAGGAAGUCCUUCCACAGCAUCAAUGUGCAGGUUGUAUGUGAUGCCAGAAAUAUCAUCACCCAAGUGGAGGCAAAGUGGCCGGGGUCUGUGCAUGACGCACGCAUAUUUCGGGAGUCUAAUCUGAGCACUCGCUUUGCCCGUGGAGAGUUCGACGGUCAUGUUUUAGGUGACAGAGUGUACCCCUGCCAGCCUUGCCUUCUGACCCCGUAUGCCGAUCCCGUGCCAGGACCACAGCAGCACUACAACUUGGCGCAUAUGAGGACGAGAGCCAGGGUCGAAAACACGUUCGGGAUCCUGAAGGCAAGAUUCCAGUGCCUCCAAAUGCUGCGAGUCACACCAGAAAGGGCAUGUGACAUAAUAAUUGCAUGUGUGGUUCUACACAACAUCGCGAUUUUGAGAGGGGAAAAUUGCCCACCUGCAGUUGCAGAUGAGCAGCACAUAAACCCAAACCAUGCCAUGGAUCCACAGGACGGAAGGGUGAGCCAGUGGUUCAUGGGACUCGGCUCCGGUGUGAUGCAAAACCAGGCCUACCUCAGAAACUGUGCCAGGCCAAAGUAUGGCCCUCACCUGGACAAUGCUGCAGAUCUGGCCUAA